ACCCAUUUUCCAUUCCAACCUUACCUACGUUGUUUCACUCUAUUCCUCCUCUCACAAGACCUUCCUUCAUGUAUUAGGUGCGCGCAUUGACCCUACUACUUUCCUUUCCUCUCAAGUAUUCUUCUUUCCAUCUACUAACUAAACUCAUUCAUCCCCUGUUUCAAUUCAACAAGAAGCUAAAGACACUAACACCGUCACCUAAUUGUUAUUAAUAACAGUGAUCAAACAUGUUGCACUGUUUGAAUACUACUACUAAUUCUGGGAAUCUAGCAACUGAGAGUUGCUCCUCUGACAUAACAGUGUUGGAAAGACAAAGGGAAAGAAUGAAGUGGCAGCAACAACAACAUCAUCAAGGUUACUUCAACUCUGCUGCUAUGUUCUGUUCUUCUCUGCAACAACAAGUUGACAAUUCUGAAGCCUCUUCACUUGCUGCUGAUUUACUGCCUCUUCAAAUGCCAACUCUUGAUGUUACUUCUUCUUCUAUUUCAAGAACUUUCAGUUGUCCACCUCUUCUUCCAGAUCCCAAACUCAUUCACUCUUCAAUUGCUGGGAAAGACAAAGACAAUUCUUCUAAGAAAAGAAAAGCUGAAAAAUCUCAUCAUAAUUCUAAGCUCAAGGUUGUUGUUGGUGAAAUUGAAAUUGAGAAUAAAGACAAGAGGAUCAAAAUAGGUUCUGAGGACGGAGAAUCAAAGAUCACCGGGAAUCCGAAUACCAAGAAGAACUGUGUAGCAGAAGAUACUUCAAACUCAAAGGAAAAUUCAAAAGUUUCUGAUGUUCAAAAGACUGAUUACAUUCAUGUUCGAGCACGUCGUGGCCAAGCCACCGACAGUCAUAGCUUAGCUGAAAGAGUUAGAAGGGAAAAGAUUAGUGAGAGAAUGAAGUAUUUGCAAGAUUUAGUACCAGGAUGCAACAAAAUUACAGGAAAAGCUGGAAUGCUUGAUGAAAUCAUUAACUAUGUUCAGUCUCUUCAAAAACAAGUUGAGUUCUUGUCAAUGAAAUUAGCUACUGUGAAUCCAAGGCUUGAUUUCAAUAUUGAUGAUCUAUUUGAAAAAGAGGUUUUUCCUAAUUGUGAUGCAAAUGCAUCUUUUCAAGCUAUGGGAAUGUCAACAGGAUUGAAUAGUAACAAUCCUUAUCUUCAGUUCAAUUCACCACAGCAAUUUGUUCCAUAUGGUGGAUUAGAUGCUGGAAUGAACCCUUCAGAUAUGGGACUUAGAAGGAGCAUAAGUGCCCCUGUAUCCAUUCCUCAAACUUUUAUUGAUUCUUCUUGUUUCUCUCAGCAAAUUCUACCGUCUACAAUAUGGGAAGGUGAUUUCCAAAACCUAUACAACUUCAAUUUUGAUCAAGCAAGAGCAACAUCUUUUCCUACUCAAUCUCAGUUAUUUACAGGUCUUGUUGAAGCAAACAAUCUAAAGAUCGAGAUGUAGACCAGAAAACUGUGAUCAUUCGUUGGAUUAAUCAGCUUAAUUACUCCAAAUGCCUCUUAUCAAGAUUCUUUUUUCUUGUGAAGUACAUAGCCUAUAUAUUAAUUGUCUGUAUACUUCUCCUUAAUAUAAAUAAAAUCAUAUCAAUACAUCUUAACU